CGCUGGACUUCGAGCAGCCCAUCAUUGCGCUCCGUGUGUACACCGGCAUCGCCAUGCCGACAGCGAUGGGAAGCAGUCUACGCGGGGGCCAGACGGACAUCACCACAAUGGCCAUGUCUAUCCUGGACGAGCUGGCCAGCCCGUACAUGAAGAACGGCACCGUGGUGGAGAUGGUGCCGGACGAGAUGAUCUACAUGAUCCACCCGCACUGGUACCGGUUCCCUCCCAUGAACCCCCUCUGGCACAGCCUGCUCGGCUUCGCCAUGGUCGUGCUGGGCAUCAUCUCGGUCAUGGGCAACAGCAUGGUCAUGUACAUCAUGACCACCACCAAGUCAUUGCGCACACCUACCAACAUGCUGGUUGUCAACCUGGCCUUCUCAGACUGGUGUAUGAUGGCGUUUAUGAUGCCGACGAUGGCGGCCAACUGCUUCGCUGAAACGUGGAUCCUGGGGCCGUUCAUGUGCGAGUUGUACGGCAUGGUGGGCUCGCUGUUCGGUUGUGGCUCCAUCUGGUCUAUGGUGAUGAUCACGUUGGACCGGUACAAUGUGAUCGUGCGCGGCGUGGCAGCGGCACCGCUCACGCACAAGAAGGCGGCAUUCAUGAUCUUCUUCGUCUGGUUUUGGGCGCUCGCCUGGACGUUACUGCCCUUCUUCGGCUGGAGCAGAUACGUACCCGAGGGCAACAUGACGAGUUGCACCAUCGACUACCUCACCAAGACGCUGCUUUCGGCGUCGUACGUGGUGUCGUACGCUGUGGGCGUCUACUGGACCCCCCUCUUCAUCAACAUCUACUGCUACUCGAAGAUCGUGCGCACCGUGGCGCAGCACGAGAAGCAGCUGCGCGUGCAGGCACGCAAAAUGAACGUGGCCUCGUUGCGUGCGAACGCCGAGCAGAACAAGACCAGCGCUGAGGCCAGGCUCGCUAAGAUUGCCAUGAUGACCGUUGGCCUGUGGUUCAUGGCUUGGACGCCGUACUUGACCAUCGCCUGGGCGGGCAUCUUCAGCGAUGGCUCCAAGCUGACGCCCCUGUCCACCAUCUGGGGCUCGGUGUUCGCCAAGGCGAACGCCUGCUACAACCCUAUUGUGUAUGGCAUCAGCCACCCCAAAUACCGAGCCGCUCUGGCACGUCGCUUCCCGUCCCUAGUGUGCGUGCCGCCACCGGGUGCAGGCGACGACACGCGAUCCGAAGCGUCCGGCAUCACUAACGUGCCGGAAGACCGCGUCAUGACCACCGAGACGUAGACGUCAUACGGCGCCACCCACUUCGUCGUCGCGUAGGAUUCCGGAUUGGAGCAUCGCUGUUAGCCUCACAACACGCACCGACAGCAGUGCACAAGAUGAUCAGAAGGUGCUCGUACCGAAAACUGUUGCGAAUCAACGCAGCGAGCUCACACCACCUAGCGUAGGCCUAGGCCUGUAAGGCUGCACAACUGCCCGCUUUGACUCCACUGCCCGGAGGCCGACGAACGGCUUCCCAGGUUACUUCGCCGAUCACGUGGUAUGUGGUGACAUAACUACUUUCAUCUGCUGAAAAGUUGAGCAGCAGCCGAAGGUAGCAAACGAUAAACGAGCCGACGAAACCUGACGUCGCCUCGCCUGCAGUGCAUGGUGUGCGUGAAGAGAACCCAACGCUCGGCAGGUCGGGCGACUACAUGGCUUCGCGCUCAUGAUUACGAGGGUUGUGGCGGAACCAGAGUGUCCCUGGUGGCAGUGGCGUUUAAAUCCGGUUGCCUUAGAGCAGUUCUGAGCCUUCGCCAAGUCGCUCUUUUCCCUCUCCCUUAUUUAACUAGCUCACAUGGGGGCGUGAAGUUACGCGUUAGAGACUCAUAGAAGACACGAACAGUCAGUUCGGGUGCAGCUAUAACCACGCUCCUUUAAGUCGUUACACGCGCGCUGAGCCGCCUUCCAGGCUUCCGCACAUGAUCGACAGCGCUGAAUCUUCUCUGGAAGCUCGUGCACUGCACAUCUGCUGUAGCUUUAGUAACCGUCGCAGGAAAGUGUGGCGUAUUAGCUCAGUGAUAAUAAGGAACCUUCGUGCCCCCUUAUAGCUAAUAACAGGCUCUUCGGCUCAUCAUGUACAGCUUUGAUUUACGGCUCACCCGGGCUCCUUUACAGUUCACCUUAUUCUUAUUUUAUGCAUGCAUUAGUUUUACUGUCACUUUCACAUCGCAUAAAUGCGCCUGUAUCCAACCUUUACCAUUUUCCAGCACCGUGCACGAUGAGAAAGUGAAGUGGACACAACGUUUUGGAUUUUUUAGUAGUUUUGCAAGAUAGUCUGGCAUAUACGAGCUGAGCAAUUCGCAGGAGAAGACCACUGAGCAAGGACGGGCUGGACCAUAUCCAUUUCACUUUUCGGACCACUCUGAGCGCUGCUUGUUUCCUCAUAAUGCUAUGUGCGUCAUAAUACACAAAGACGAGACACAGGUUAGCAACAGCCCCGUAAGUUCACCCGCAGAGGUUGCACCGACACUAACAACACCAACAAUAAAAACAUGCUAUUUGCACACAUAAUGAUACACAUUACAUGCCCUGAAACAGGAAGCACUAUUCUUCAGGUACAGAUAACAAUGUCGCCACCAAAAACAAAGCAAACGAUUGAACACGCAUCCAAGUCACCUUUCUCUGUCAGGCAAGCCAGCCUUCUGGAAUGAGGAUGGCAGGGGCCGUUUUAUCAACACCAGAAUCGUCAGCAAUUGAGAGUGUUUACGCAAACGCUGAAGUGCGAGGCGCGCGUGGUGCUACUGAAUAUUUGCCUCAAGAACCCGCGCUCGUCGGCCUGUCUUCCGUCGACAAAAAUACUCAUCCGCGGAACUUGGGAUACACGUGUGGUUGACCCAAGUAUCAGCUGUGGAGGCUAAUUUAACUCACGAUGCAAUAUUUUGUGAGUGACGACCGCUGUACCAAACUAGUCUGCACAACUGCAUACACCAUGCAGCACAUCUCAAGGUGUUAGAACCCUGAGGGGCACUGUUUUGUGGGCAUCGCGGGUAUAAGAUUUCUGUGCACUCGACCUGUUUAAACGGAGAGAUCUGCAGCUAUACUUAUUUGCUAAAUUAAUUCAAACAUUCCCAACUUAAACUUAUAGUAUUUCUUCAUCUAGUGUACACCUUGUGCCUUACGUGUAUAGCUUAGGGCUAUUAAGUACAAAUUUAAUAUUCAACGACGCAAGCUUGAAAACACUGUGACCUUCUGUGUAUACAUGCUUUGCAAAAUUUGAAUAAAUCUGUCGAACCAGAUUAAGGAAAUGCGCGUGUGUGCAUCGUCAUCUUAAACACCAUGACGAGUUUGGGAGAGUUCUCCACGUCGAUAGUUUCAGCUACAAACAUACGUUUCUAUGGCGUAGUGUUCUUCCAUCACCGUGAUAAGGAUAUAGCAGUGCACUUGUUCGGUAUCGUGCCAAUUUUUUCUACCGUCUAUGUAUCACACAUCCUGGAUAGUUCUGUACCUUCUGUGGAGAAACGACAAUAAACAAAAAAUGCAUGGCA